AUGGCAGGCGGUGCGAAAGUGGUCGUGGAACCUCAUCGUCAUGCCGGUAUCUUUAUCGCCCGAGGCAAAGAAGACGCUUUGGUGACACUGAACUCGACGCCGGGCAAGUCUGUAUAUGGUGAGAAGCGCAUCUCGGUGGAUGUUCCUUCGGCUUCAGGCGAAGGCACUGAGAAGGUCGAGUAUCGUGUGUGGAACCCGUUCCGCUCAAAGGUUGCAGCAGCUAUCUUAGGUGGUGUCGACAACAUCUGGAUCGUCCCUGGCGCCAAAGUGCUGUACCUCGGUGGUGCUUCCGGCACGACUGUGUCCCACGUCUCUGACAUUGUCGGACCUUCCGGUGCUGUGUACGCUGUCGAGUUUUCGCACCGUGUUGGCCGUGACCUAAUCAACAUGGCCAAGUCCCGCACUAAUGUCGUGCCGAUUAUUGAAGACGCUCGUCAUCCACUGAAGUACCGAAUGCUCGUGCCCAUGGUGGAUGUGAUUUUCGCUGACGUUGCCCAGCCGGACCAAGCGCGUAUCGUUGCCAUCAAUGCAUCGCACUUUCUGAAGAACGGAGGCCACUUUGUGAUCUCGAUCAAGGCUAGCUGCAUUGACUCGACGGCCCCUCCUGAAGCUGUGUUUGCCCGUGAGGUCAAGAAGCUCCAGCAAGAGCAAUUCAAGCCAGCGGAGCAGCUCACUCUGGAGCCGUACGAGCGGGACCACGCUGUGGUUGUAGGCUCUUACCGCGUGCCGAAGAAAGAGAAGAAGUAG